AUGGUUCAGGCUUGUCUCUAUUAGCUAAUAAAAGCAUCUGAAAAUAGUUGUGUAUAUGCGAAGGAAAAUUGUAAUGACCAAACAUUCUUCAAAUUUACACAUUAUUAUUUCUGUCAACUCGAUGAAAAUUGGGUUAUAUUGAUCUUAUUAGCUGUAAAAUAACUAUGUUGAUAUCUUAUAGCCACUCCUUUUUUUUAUAUUGUUUAACUUUUUAGCCAGAACUGUUGAUGACUACUUGUCUCCCGCUGUUACCUUUAUUGCAGAAUACUUCAAAAUGUCUUAAACUUUUGCAGGGUAUUUAAAAUAUUCAUUGAAGGGUUACUCUAAUUGCCUUUGCAAAUGGUGUCCCGGACUUUUUCUGUGCAGUUUUGGCUUCCUAGGACGAUGAUGGAAUCCUCAUAGCCGUUGGAAGUAUUUUUGGAAGUUGCUUAUGUAUGACUACCAUAGUUUUUGGAGCAGUGAUCCUAUUCUCAGGAGUUAUCAAAGUAUUGUAUAUCAUUAACAUUUUAAGGCUUAAAAAGUACCUUUUAUAAGAGAUAUGUUAUUUAAUGGAGUUGCCAUCUUCUUAUUGAUGGUUUUUGCAUAUAUUGGACAAAUCAACCAUUACAUGGCUAUAGGGUUUUGUUCACUAUAUGGAGUAUAUAUAGUGAUUGUCUUGGCAAAUGAGAAGACAAUAAAAAAAAGUAAGUUUUUUUAAAAAAUUUUAGAUGAGCAAUUAGAGCGAAUAAACUCAGAGGAAGAAAGAAUGGAGCAAGAAUAGAAACAAUUGGUAUCAAAUAUGGAGGAAGGAGAAAUAGGAAAUCAAGAUAUUUAAAAUGUUGAUGAAGAACUUAAAAAAGAAUUUACAAAAUCCAAUGUUGAAUCCCAAAAGAAGCCAUUUGAGGAGAUGUCUGUAAUCUAGAAGAUCAAAUAUAUUUAUACAACUUCUCUUGAUAUUGUUAGGAAAUUCACUAUUCCUGCAAGCAACCAAGAAAAGUAUGAUAAAACAUAUGCAGCCAUACAUUAACUUGUUUGUCCAAUCAUUAUGAUCACUUUAUUAGGAUGUAUGAUCUAUUUUAAGUAUUUUAAUAGCAUUCUCCAUGGAAGUUUUUGGUAUUAAAUUAUGGAUAAUUUUGGAAAUUUUUGGAAUACUAUUGUUUAUCUAUUAAUUAAUAUUUGAAAUUCCUAUCAUUAUAAUAUUAAUUGAAUGUGUUAUAUGUUCAAUUAUUUGGAGUAAAUCAGUGAUUUAAGUCUUGAUUGAUUUUAUCUUGGUAUUAUUUAUUUAAUUUUAUUUAGUUAAUAUAAACAAUUACGGGAGUGGGUUAUUCUUAUUUAGGAAUGACAUUUUUGGCAUUUGGAAAUUCUACUUGUGAUUUCUUUGUCAAUACUAAAUUGGCUUCGAUUGGUUAUGGAUUGAUGGCAAUGACAGGAUGUUUUUCAGGAACCAUUUUUAAUAUGUUAUGUGGAUUUGGAGGAGCGUUAGUUAGAUUGACUACUAUUAAGUCAUAUCCAGGAAUCAUUUCUUUUGAUUUAUUUAGAGAUCCAAACAGUGAUUCAUAAACGGACAUUGUAAAAUUAUAUAUAAUUUCUAGAUUAUAGCUAGAAUGAAUAAUUCAAUUGCUUAUUGUGUCCUUGUUUUUUCUUUAAUGAAUAUAAUAAUGACAUGCAUCGUAGUAAUAAAUAAAAAGUAUUAUUUAUUCUCUAUAUUUAGGUACAAACUGACAAAAAAUUUAGCAUAUUACUAUUUCUUUGUGUACUUCCUGUUUUUUAUUUUCAUAACAACUUUAACAGUUGCAUUAAGUUCAAUUGUCAGCUAUAUAUAGGAUAAAUGA